GUCCAAAAUGUAAAAGACUAAAAGAAUUAUGAGGUUUGUUGACUUGAAAAAUGACUAUAGCAACCAGUGAAAAUAGGAAUGGACACACAAUACAAUUUGAUUAGUUGAUUGAUUUGUUUGGUGUUGACAUUGCCCGUUUCAACAACUACUACGGAGAGAACCCUUUCAACAAUGGAACAGGUGAAAAUUGUUUUGCGCAACAAAAUGAGCAAUGAAUUUCUCGAUGAUUGGUUAACUAUUUUAUUUGGAAAUAGAGUAGUAUGUUAUUGGUAUGAAUGUAGACUCCAUUAUUGAUGAAUUCGCUAUAUUAAAAAAUCAACCUGUAUAAUUAAUAUCGUAAAAAAAAGAAUUUUUUUAAAGAUAUCUAAUUUUCUAAUGAAAUACGGCCCAAUACUCGACUAUGUUCUGGAUCCGCGACUGGUUGCACCUACACCAAACGAUACAUCUCAUAUCUCAUGGAGAAGAAGAAGAACAAAGGGAAAAAGCAUCAUCAAACACGUAGAAGAACUGAGCUGGAUAUGAGCACUUCUACUAUGCUAUAUAGUAUUGGUGCUUUAAUGUACAACUUAAAGUUGUACCAUAACAUUAAAUGUAUAAGUUUAGGGUGUACCAUAAAGUAAUUUGUACCAUUAUGUUAUGGUACAACUUUACAACUUGAAGUUGUACCAUCACAUAAAUGUACAAGUUCAAAUUGUACCAUAAAAGAAUUUGUACAAAAAGUAUAGGUACUAUCUAAAGUUGUACCAUAACGUAAAUGUACAAUUUUAAGUUGUACCAUAAAAGCAAGACCCUAUAUCACCAAUACUAUGGAAUGGGUUAGGGUGAUUACUUGUUUUUUUAUUAAUUAAUCUUACAGUCAAGAUUCUUUUAGGGUAAUUUUGGAAAUUAAAAAGUGGCCACACCUGAUUAUUCUAUAUAAUCUACCUAAACCCUAUUCUUCUCCAGCCGCUCCAAGGCUCUGUUCACAACCUCAAUCAUGGAGCUCAACCCUUUCUCAUUGCAGAAAUCCAACAUCUCCUAUGUUUCCUUCAUGCUCUCUCUCGCUGCUCUCUUGAAAACCUAGAUCUAGUAAUUUUUUUUAUUUAUUCAAUGUGCAGUAGUAUAGAUUGUUUAUAUUGGUAGUUUUCGUGUAAUGGUAUAGAUUUAUUUCUGCAAUGGUAUUGAUUGUUUAUGGUCUAGAUUGUUUAUAUUGAUAGUUUUCGUGUAAUGGUAUAUAUUUAUUUCUACAAUGGUAUUGAUUGUUUAUAUUGGUAGUUUUCGUGUAAUGGUAUAGAUUUAUUUCUACAAGGGCUAAUACCAAUAGGAAACCCGAACUAUUAACUUUGUGUCAUUUGUGUCUUAAAGUAUUCGAUACGACAUUUGUGUCCCAAACUAUUUUUCCGUUAUGGUUGACUGGCGUUGACCGUUAGUUUUAAAUAGAAAAUCUAAUCAGCGCUGAUGUGGCAUCUAACGUGGAAAUUAAAAAGAAAAAAUAACAAAAAAUGGAAAUUAAAAGAAAAAAUAAACAAAAAGUAGAAAAUUCGUUCACUUUCCCAAAUUGGCUUUUCCGCUCCCUGUACUCCUCUCCCCGAUUCGUCUCCAAGCUCCACUUCCAUGGCGGAUCUAACGAAGCUAAGGGAUGCAAUGAUUCUGCCACUUCUCGUUCACUUUCCUCUUCCGCCUCUACAUCAUCCUCCGCUAUUAACGCUUCCUCCUCUCCAUUUUACCUUUACUUUUCACCUUUCCUCUCCUCUGCUCCGGCCACCAACACAAAAUGAUGAAACCAUGACCACGCAGCUCCAGCCCUUACGUCAUCGCCGACUUCGACGGCUAGCGGAAGCGCACCUCCACCAAGUACCGCGACCUCAACCCGGUAUGGAACGAGCCGCUCGAGUUCCUCGUCUCCGAUCCGAACAACAUGGACCACGAGGAGCUCGACAUCGAGGUCUUCAACGACAAGCGCUUCGGCAACGGCAGCGGACGCAAGAACCACUUCCUCGGCCGGGUGAAGCUUACGGCUCUCAGUUCGCCAGGCGCGGCGACGAGGGGCUCGUCUACUUCGCGCUCGAGAAGAAGAGCGUCUUCAGCUGGAUCCGCGGCGAGAUCGGGUUGCGGAUCUGUUACUACGACGAGAUCCGAAUCAAAGGCCAAUUAGGUUUCCAAUCGGUCAGAUCCCGGCGCGGCUCGAUGAACAACCACAGCGCGUCGUUUCAGUGGAACGAGGACAUCAUUUUCGUCACCGGCGAGCCGCUGGAGGACUCGCUCGUCUUGCUGGUGGAGGACCGUACGAAGAAGAUGAAGAAGAAGGGAUUAUUUUUUAUUUUAAUUAUUAAUUAUUAAUUUUAAUUUAAAAAUAACAAUCUGAUGUGGCAGCUGACGUGGCGCAUAUGUGGCUGCCACAUAUGUGCCAUGUAACCAAAAGUCAACAUUUUAUGGUUGACUGUUUGGUCAACCGUUAUCUAUAACAGUCAACAAAAUUGUCAUGACGUAAAUGACACACAACUAUCAUACGUCAGGACACAAAUGUCGUAUCGAAUACUUUAGGACACAAAUAGCACAAAGUUAAUAGUUCAGGUUUCCCAGUGGUAUUAGCCCUUUCUACAAUGAUAUUGAUGUUUUUCAAAGUGGUAGUGUUUGUCUAAUGGAUUAGUACUUAUUUCGUUUUUAUUUUUUUUUGCUGAAAGAUUGAGAAAAAUAUGGAAAGGAAAUCUGGCCGGAGAUUACGGAAGUGAGAGCAAGAGAACAUUUUAAUUAAUAGAUUUUUGUAAUUACCUAAAAUAUAAUUUAUUAAAAAAUUAAUUAAUAUAAUUUAUUUUUCCAUAUCCAAUUUACCUUAGUAACCACGGUUGUAGUAAU